AUGGCCUCUCCGGCGAACGUCUCGACAGUUUCUGGUGCCAGGAGCAUAUGGGGCUCCCCUGACGCCUCGAGGCGGGCCUUGUUGCUCCAUGGGCUUGCAUGCUCAUCUUAUACCAUGCGACACAUCGGCGAGGGCCUUGCUCAGCACGGAUACCUGGUCUCUGCCCCCGAUCUACCAGGACACGGCAUCGGACCCCGCGCAGAGACCUACACGUGGGCAAGCAUGACCUCCCACGUCGUCUCCCUACUGCGCGAGACGACGUACGAUCUUAUCGUCGGGCAUUCGAUGGGCGCGAUACUCGCCCUCCGCGCGCUGAGCGAGCUGUCGCCCGCAUAUAAUGACCGCCCGAGCUCUGAAGUCGAAGCUCAGAGAGCCUUGGGCUUGAAAGGACACCCACGCGUCGUGCUCCUGGAUCCGCCGCUCUCGUUCAGCGAGGCGGUUCUCGAGAGCAACGCGGCGCUCUUCGGGAGCCUCGUGCGGAGCCCGCCAGAGCCCGCGUUUUAUUCGCAGAUGUUCCCGCGCUGGACGAAGCUGGAUGCCGUCUUUCAAGUGUUCGCGAACGAGCUGUGCGACGACAACAUCAUCGAGAUUGUGUAUGAGACGCACCAAGUCAAUCAUCUAGAGCUCCUCGAUCACUUGCCAGCUCAUGUUCAGUUCGUCGUGCUGGUCGGGGACCCUGAUUCCGGUGGACAGUGCCUUUUGAGUGAUGUUGAAAGGGUUCCCAAUCUCGAGAUGAAGAUGAUGAAGGGGUAUUCGCACUGGAUUCCGUACGAGUGUCCUGAGGAAGUCGUGAAAGCUGCUGUAUAA